UGUGCCUGUGAGUGUGUGUGUUUGCUUGUUUAAACAGUAUGCAAAGGACAAGAGUGUGGUCCUUAUGGAGACUGAAGGAAAGGGAGGGAGUGUGAAAACUUUGCCAUUUGGUUGAUAUGCUAAUCAAGACUCACCUAUAUAACACAGAGACGCAGAGCCACUGGCUGCUAAAAGAGGCAGGAGAAGAACAAGAGAAUAAGACGUAAUAAGCGAAGCAUGUUAAGACGUUCUAGAUAAAUCAGAAAAAAACCAUAGAAAGGAUUUGUCGAAGUUCUAAAGGGACCACAGGACGGGCACAAGGAUGUUGGGAGUAGAGAUGUAUCCCAGUUUAGCUCUCGCGGCACAGAGACUCGGAGACUGUUGCUAUCGAGAUCGAGAGCCACCGGCCCAUGUGCCCCUGUACCCUACAUCAUGUGACAUGGCGGCCCGGAGCCUGCCACCCCAUCUGCUACCCCCACCCCCGGCAAAAAGAGAUAACUUUGGGAAAUCUGAAGACCUUAUAAAGAUAGAGCUGGAAAAUGUUUCGCUCUGGAAACAGUUUAGCACCGUUGGCACUGAGAUGAUCAUUACCAAGAAGGGCAGACGUAUGUUUCCCCAGCUAAAAGUAAAAGUGUCUGGCUUGAACCCAUCCCUGCGUUACAUCCUCUUGCUGGACAUCAUACCCGUCGACUCCUUCCGCUAUCGUUUCCAAGAUGACAAUUGGCAGGUGGUGGGAGGAGCUGAAGCUCGACUUCCAGACAGGGUGUUCAUCCACCCAGACUCUCCUGCAACUGGUGAACACUGGCAAAACCGAACCAUAUCUUUCCAUCGAGCCAAACUCACUAACAACACACUGGAUGGACAAGGAUAUAUCAUUCUCCACUCCCUGCACAAAUACCAAGCCAGAGUGCAUGUGGUUGAAACCAGGGAUGUGAUGAUGUGGGGUGGAGCUCAACACACCUUCACCUUCCCUGAGACCCAGUUCAUCACUGUUACAGCCUACCAGAAUAACAAGAUAACUGAACUGAAGAUCAAUUCCAAUCCCUUUGCCAAAGGUUUCAGGGAGAAUGGCAUGAACAGCAAGAGACAAAGAGAGGCAAGGCAAAAGAGGAAAUUAACCCACCCCAAUCAAGAGGAACCUUUAGACAUUGAAUCAUGUGACCCAUGUGAUUCCACCGAGGUGUUACCACAGCCCAUGGGACUUGAAAGCACCACUCUGUCCCUGUCUGAUUCAGGUUUCUGCUCUGAUGUGCCAUCUUUACCAGAGCAGACAGUACGGCAGCAUAGCUCAGGUCAAGAUUUUCUGACUUCUCAGAUGACCCAGAUGUCUGAAAUGUCAGAGAUUCCAGAGUCAGCGGAGAACCAACCUCAGUCGACCUCUAAUAAUGAGGUGAACAAUGGAUUGCUUGAUGGGUCAAACCAGAUGAUGGGGCUUUCCACAUACACUACAUAUGCAGCUCCCUCAAUUACACCCUCAUCUCACCUACCAGUGCCUCUAUCAGAGCCUACAGCUCUUUAUUCUUCUUUGUCCUCAACUCAGACUGAUCUACCAUCCUCUCAUUCCAAUGCAACAUCUGUGCAAAAUUAUUCAUCAAUACCUUCAUCUCACUAUCCUACCAUGAAUUCCUCUUCUCCAAUCACCUCUUCCUCUACGUCUCCCCAUGAUUCUACACAUACCUCUAUGUGUCACUCAUCUUCUUCAUCCCACCUGCCGUCUUCCUCCUACCACCCUAUUCUGCCACCCCAAGAAAACCCUCACACCCCCACAAACCCACCUUUCCAUUCUCUUCCCCAACCUUCUUGCCAGUCCAUCAACAGUUGUGAUUCUGGUCUUUCUGUUGACACAGAUCAGAACCAGGCGAUCGGUGGCUUGGCUUCCUCCAAUUCUACACCUUCUGCUGUCCAAGACUCCACCCCAACAGCCUUCCCCUUUCCACCAGUGCAAUCUUCCAAUAAUUCAGAUUCCACUACUCCCCCAUCCCAAAUCUUAACCCAAACUGCCUUUCCCUUUCCUACAGUGGGGCAUCCAAAUGGACAACCAGAUUCAAAUCAAGUCUCAACGGCAUUCACCUUUAAUUCUGUGUCAGAAUCCACCUCCACCCCUCUAAAUACCCCAUCAGAUCAGGAUAGUAACACCACUGCUUUUCCUUUCCCACCACAACCCAGCAAUACAAACUCUUCUACAUCUCUGCCUGUACAAACGAUUGCACCUUAUUCUUUCCAUCCAUCUGCAACUUCUCAUAUGAAUCCUUCAACUUAUCAAAAUCCAACAAAUUCGGCACCUAGAUCCUUUGGCCAAAUGUCUUUAAAUUCUGUAAAUGGAGCCCGUUCACAAGUCUUUACCAACCCCAUAGUCAAUUCGAUCUCUCAUGUAGUCCCUGGGUCCAUUUCUAACUCAACUCCAGCCUCACACAUAUCGUAUCCCUUACCUGCUUCAAUCCCAUCUGGUCCCCCUCCUCUCCAGAAUGUAGCAAUUCCAAAUUUUGCAUCUUCUCAGGUUGUUCCAGCUCUUCCAAAUAUAGCCCAGGUCCAGCCAAAUAUGACUCAGUCAUUCUCAACUUCUACUUUGUCCAAUAUUCCUCCUCAGUUUGCAAACACUUCUCAAGUCCCAUCUCAGUGUUUUGCUCCUAUGCCAACAUCUACAUCCUCACUUCUUCCACAUUCAGCCCUACAAAACCACCCCAUCCCACCAGGAUCAACCCAUACACAGUACCCUGCCACUUCCACUGCAUAUGCUCCAGUAGCUCCAUCAGAAAUAGGGUCCUUUCCUCAGCUCAAUGCAACUGCCCCCUACCUUCCUGAUGUGGUACUGCAUCCUUCCCUUCUCCCUUCAUUAGAUAACACCCUGCCCUCUUCUGCUACAUCCCUCUAUAACCCGUUUCCUUCUUAUCCCCUCCGCCUCUGUCAGGACCCCCGAUCUUCCUUUCAUUUACAGCUCAGACACAUUUACCGGCAGCCCCAACACGUACAUGCUAACAGCCAGGGGUCCUACCUAGACCUUGCAGGAAGGCCUGCAUUUUGA